UAGAACGGAUACAAACAUAUGGUGGACGUAUGACCUCGUGAAAGAUGUGAACGCCUACGAAAUGGCUCGAGCAUGUAAUUACACGCAAAUAAAGCUUUACAACAAUGUAAUUCGGUUGUUCAGCACAACAGUACAUUCUAACCUACAAACUACGAUAAAACCUGAUAUAAUCGGACCACCUGAUCCGAUUUCAAACCUAAGACCGAUCAAAUUCUCGAUACCCUGGAACGAGACUAACCUUGAAAAGAAAUACAGAGAGGCCAGGGAAGAUACUCAGCUUUGGAAUCAAAAUUUUUGGGUGAAACACAAUACCAGUUUUAUAAAAGAACGUAAACAAUUCCAAGAGAACCUGAAGGCACAGGGAAAAACAUCGAUCACCGCGGAUGAUAUGUCUGUAUUUUAUAAACACUUUCUAGAUAAAAAUUGGAAAAACCAUUUCAAUUAUAACAUUGCAUGGUAUAAGAGAAAUAUCAAGCUACUAUUUCUUGAAAUUGGGGCAAGAGUAAUCAGAUUGAAAUUUAAGUAAUUGCUCCAGCAAUGUUCAUAGAGAGACUACAUAAUACUUUCGAAUAUAAUUAUCAAGAAGAAAAUGCUAUGAUGCAUUGCAUGUAUUUACAAUGUAAAUCUGUAUGUAUAGUAUGUUAUCUGUAAAGUGAACAUAGUAGAAUAUACAUAUUAUA